AUGGAUCAAAAGCAGAUCGAAGAUGCACUUGGUGAUUCAGAUUUUUCAUUUUCGGAUGAAAGUGCUGAUGACAGCGAUGGCGAUCCUCUUUUUCAACUAUCGGAAAGUGGUGAUGAAUCCAGUGGUGAUGAAUCCCUUCCAGUACAACUUAAUGUUGAUAAUGAUAAUAUAUCAUCAAACUGGUAUCCUGUUACAGGUAAUUACCAAAAAUAUUUUAUUUUUGAAAACGAUUGCCCGUUACCUAUAGAAAUGUUAGCUAAUAAAGAGCCAUAUGACUAUUUUAAAUUAUUUCUUACUGACGAUAUACUAAACUGUAUGGUCUUGGAAACCAAUAGAAAUGCUGAACAAUAUCUAAAAAGUAUUAGACUGUCACGUAGUAGUAGAUUCCAUUCAUGGGAUCCAUAG